CUAUAGUACCUCUUUUCCAUUAAUUGUCAAAAUUUGUCAGCUUCAGCUACAUCCCUAAUAUGUAGUUGAAAUUACAAUGAAGUAUCUGUGCAACUACAGCAGUACAGUUUCCUGAGAAUUAAUCUUUACAAAUAAGGAACCAGAGUCUGUGUGUGUGUGUGUGUGUGUGUGUGUGUGUCAUUCUUGUGAUUCUCAUGUCUCUUCCUGAAAGAAAACAGGAAGCAGGUUUCACUUGUUUUACAGAAGUUAAAGAAAUUUCAGAGCUGCUGUUCAAUACAACGGUACAGAGGAGGAAAUAGAAAUAUCUAGAAAUAUUGUUUGAGGUAUCUCAACUCGACUGUACUCUCUCAACUUGACUUUUGAAGUCGCUGGAGGAAGAUCUGAAGACGUUUCAGUGGCACUUAAAGAAACAUAAGUGAAUAUCAACAUCUGAAAUGGAGGAUGCAGAUUGAUUAAAAACAGUGGAUAAGCUGGUGGCGUGUGACCAGAAGAAGCUGUGACGAUCACAUUCAGCAUCCUGAAGAAGAUGGAACAGAACAAUCUGGCUGAGCAGCUGGAUAACAAACACAUGCAUGCUGACAAAUCUCCAGUCCAGAUAAUAAGCAGUGCUCAGCCUGGAGCCAAUGUGAAAGCUGAAACAGGUGCAAGUGUAAAUGCUCCUGUACUCGCUGGAAGCACCUUCACUGGACCAAUACACUUCAACUACAGCUCACAUGCUGCAGGAAACGAUAAACAUAUAUGCUCAGAGACAGCAGAGAAUAACAGAGAAAAACAAGGCUCAGCUGCAGAGGACAGUAAAGCUACUCAUAAUGAUUACACAAAGAUCUUGAAGGACAAGUUAAAACAGCACUGUGAGCGGAUAUUGGUUGGUAAUUCACAGACGGGACAUAAUAAAUACCUGGACGAUAUUUACACUGAUUUAUAUGUGGUGGAGAAUCAGACUGGAGGAAGAACGAAUGAACACGAGGUGAGACAGAUCGAAUCAAAUCACAACCGACUCACUGCCAAAGACAAGCCGAUCCAGUGUAAUGACAUGUUCAAAGACCACAUGGGUCGACAAAACAGAAAAGUGCUGACAGUGGGGAUUGCAGGAGUGGGAAAAACUGUCUCUGUCAAUAAAUUCAUCCUUGACUGGGCUAAAGGAAAAGAAAAUCAAGAUAUAGUCUUCAUUUUUCCACUCCCAUUCCGUGAACUGAAUUUGAUUAAAGAGGAUUACAGUCUCAUGGGAUUGCUUCACAGAUGCUGCUUAAGUGGCCUUAAAAAGCUGACAUCUCUUCCUGAAGAUGGAAAUAAGGUCAUGUUCAUCUUUGAUGGGCUGGAUGAAUGUCGCUUCCCUUUGAGCUUUGAAGAGGGUGACAGCUUUACAGAUGUAAAUAUGAAAACAACAGUGAGUAAGAUAGUUACAGCCCUAAUCAAGAAACAUCUGGUUCCCUCUGCUCUCAUCUGGAUCACAUCCAGACCAGCAGCAGCCAGUCUGAUACCCCGAGAAUACAUUGAUCAGGUGACAGAGGUACGAGGAUUCAGUGAUGAGCAGAAAGAGAAGUACUUCAUCAAAAACAGCAGUCCUGAGGUUGCUGAAAACAUCAUCCGUCACAUCAGAAAAUUCAGAAGUCUGUACAUCAUGUGUCACAUCCCGGUCUUCUGCUGGAUCUCUCUCACUGUUCUUCAGCCUCUGCUGGUUCGAGAGAGUAAUGACCAAACACCCACAACCCUCACAGGGAUGUACACAAACUUUUUACUUUCUCAGAAGCAACGGAUGAAAACAAAAUAUUGCAAGGAUCCUAAAACUAAGCCUAAAGUCAUGUCUUUUGAUGAUAUUAUUCUGAAGCUUGGGAAACUGGCCUUUAAACAACUACAGAAAGGUAAUCUGAUUUUCUACAAAGAAGAUCUUGAGGAGUGUGGGCUAGAUGUCAAUGAAGGGUCUGUGUACUCUGGGUUAUGCACCCGGAUGUUUCAGGAGGAAAAAUCUAUAUCAGAGAGAAACGUUUACAGCUUCAUACAUCUCAGCAUCCAGGAAUUCCUUGCUGCUCUCUAUGUGUUUUUUAUUAACAAAAACAAGAAAGCAAACCCAUUUCUUAAAUCUUCGAAAAAACUGACAUGUAUCCUGUCCAUAAAGUCACUGUUUAAACUUCAUAAAGCUGCAGUCAAUGAGGCUUUACAAAGUGAGAAUGGACACCUGGACCUUUUCCUCCGAUUCCUCCUGGGUCUCUCACUGGAGUCCAAUCAGAGAGACCUGAAGGAACUACUGCCAGCACUGGAGCUCAAAAGAGUGGACAUCAAAGACACUGCUGACUAUAUCAAAAAGAAAAUAGAGAUGGAGGAAUCAACAGAGAGGACCAUCAAUCUCUUCUACUGUCUGAAUGAACUGAAAGAUGACUUUGUGGAGGAAAUCCAGAAGAAUAUGAGCUCUGGAAAACUUUCAGAGCAGAAUCUCUCCUCUGUUCAGUGGUCAGCUCUGGUGUUUGUGCUCCUCAUGUCAGAAGAGACUCAGGAGAAAUUUGAACUGAAGAAAUACAAAAGAUCUGAUGAAGCACUGAUGAGACUGCUGCCCGUCAUCAAAAACACCAGAAGAGCACUGCUACAGUGCUGUAUUCUCACUGCUCAGUCUUGUGAGAGAUUGUCAUCAGCUCUAAAGUCAUCAAACUCUGUCCUGAGAGAGCUGGACCUGAGUAACAAUUAUCUGCAGGAUUCUGGAGUGAAGCUGCUUUCUGAUGGACUGAAGAGUCCAAACUGUCAGCUGGAGAUACUGAGGUUAUGUGGAUGUAAUCUCAGUGCUCGGUCCUGUGAAAGUUUGUCUUCAGCUCUACAAUCCUCAAAUUCCCAUCUAAAUGUGCUGGACCUGAGUAACAAUGACCUGCAGGAUUUAGGAGUGAAGCUUCUUUCUGAAGGUCUGAAGAGUCCAAACUCUAAGUUGGAGAUAUUGAGGUUGUCUGGCUGUAUUGUGACAGAGGAGGGAUGUUGUUAUGUGUCUUCAGCUCUGACUUCAAACCCCUCAUGCUUGAGAGAGCUGGAUCUAAGCUACAAUCACCCAGGAGAUUCAGGAGUCAAGCUGAUCUCUGAAAAACUGAUGGAUUCAAAUUGCUUACUGGGCAAAUUCAAUGUGGCUCAUGGAGGAGAAUCCAGGAUUACAGCAGGACUAAAGAAAUGGGUCUGUUUUCUCACACUGGAUCCAAACACGGCAAACACUGAACUUAGUCUGUCUGAGGAGAACAGAAAGGUGACACGUGUGAGAGAGAAACAGUCAUAUCCUGACCAUCCAGAGAGAUUUGAUGAUGUGUAUCAGUGCGAAGUGAACAGUAACAUUUAA